GCCCCGGGGGGAUCUUUCAAAGGGAUACCUGAACCCCUGUGUUUAUGGAAACAUUACUUACAAUUGCCAAAUUAUGGAAACAGCCCAGUGUCCAUUGGCUGAUGAAUGGGUAGAGAAGAUGUGUGGUCAACAGGUUUAAAGUCACUGAUCAAGAGAUGAAAUGUAAUCCUGAAGAGUGGAAAAGCAGUUCCUGCCAGGACAGAUGGAUGGCAUUGUAGUUACAGUCCAGAGAAUUGGCCGUGACUUCAUCUGUGACAAGAAAAAAAGCUUCUCUUGGUGAGUGGAAGACCUAUAUAUAAAAGUCACACCUGAGGGUCUACAAGCUGUUCACAAGCUGAUUCAACUUCAAGAAAGCAUCAGCUGCCAAUACACCUGAAAGAUCUUGUCACAAGACAUAGUGUGUGAAGAUGAUGUCUACAAAAGACAUGGUUAAAGUAAUGAUUGUCAUGUUUGCAAUUUGUUUUCUUGCAAAAUCGGAUGGGAAACCUGUUAAGAAGAGAUCUGUGAGUGAGAUACAGUUCAUGCAUAACCUGGGCAAACACCUGAGCUCCAUGGAGAGGGUGGAAUGGCUGCGGAAGAAGCUGCAGGAUGUGCACAACUUUGUUGCCCUUGGAGCUCCAAUAGUGCACAGAGACGCUGGGUCCCAGAGACCCCGGAAAAAGGAAGACAAUGUCCUGGUUGAGAACCAUCAAAAAAGUCUUGGAGAAGCAGACAAAGCUGAUGUGGAUGUAUUAACUAAAGCUAAAUCCCAGUGACUAUGGAUAUACCAGAGCACUGUUGUAAACAGCAUAGGGCAACAAUAUUACAUGCUGCUAACAUUUUCAAGCUCUUAAGCUUAAUAAACAUCAAAUUUACAUCUAAUCCAUUACUAGCCGUGAUGGCUGAAAUCUAAUUAUUUUGAUUCUAC